CGCGCGACGAACGUCAAAUGUCACGUGCGGCGCGGCCUACGUCACACGCGCGGAGUGUAUUAUCGCUGGCGCUGCUAUGUGGUCCCACGGCCCGCGUAUCUAUACCAUUCUAUACACUCAUCGUCUCCACGUGUGGUGUCUCGCUCCUUCCUAUCGUUUCUCGCGUGCGCGCGGGACUUUAAUCGGGAACGAACAGCUGUUGCUCGCGCGCGUCGACGGGAGACCAGAAGACGAUCGACCGUCGUGCCACGUACACGUGUUCUCCGCUCUCUCUCGCGAACGAGUGACGAUAUAAUAUCGCUAUCGGAGGUUAACAUCGUUUGACAUUUAUCGAGGGUCGAAGGAAGGCGAAUAAUAAAUUAGUUUCCGGUCGGGCACCGAGAGCUCGCUUUGUUUAUAUCACACCGUGACUCGUGGCGACGGCCUUGAAGGUUUUUUUUCGCGUGUAUAUAUAAGCACGAAUUGAGGAGGAUAUAGGAAGGGAGGACCAGAGAACGGCAACAUGAAUCUGUCGUUCGCCGGCUGCGGCUUCCUGGGCAUCUACCACGUCGGCGUGGCGGUGCUUCAAAAAUACGCGCCGCACUUACUGCUGAACAAGAUAAGCGGCGCAUCCGCGGGGGCUAUCGCCGCGUGCUGCCUGCUUUGCGAUCUGCCUCUCGGAGAGAUAACCAGCAAUGUAUUACGUCUGACACGUGAAGCGCGACAACAUCCGCUUGGACCUUUCAGUCCGUCCUUCAAUGUGCAACACUUUUUGCUGGAGAGUUUGUUAAAAUUUCUACCGGACGAUGCUCAUAUUCGUGUAAGUGGCAAAUUACACAUUUCUCUGACGAGAGUGUAUGACGGGAAAAACGUGAUUGUCUCACAAUACAAUUCAAGGGAAGAUUUAUUACAGGCUCUACUAGCCACUUCGUUUGUACCGUUCUUUUCCGGUUUGCUGCCACCGCGAUUUCACGGUAUUAGAUACAUGGACGGUGGAUUCAGCGAUAAUCUUCCUACGUUGGACGAAAAUACAAUCACCGUUAGUCCAUUCUGCGGAGAAAGCGAUAUCUGCCCUAGGGAUAUCUCAUCUCAGCUUUUUCACGUCAAUCUCGCCAACACAAGCAUAGAGCUCUCUAGACAAAACAUAUAUAGGUUCACGAAGAUCCUCUUUCCGCCUAAACUGGAGACUCUCUCCAGUAUGUGUAAACAAGGAUUCGACGAUGCGUUGAGAUUUUUACAUCGUAACAAUAUGCUAAACUGCACGAGGUGUCUCGCAGUACAAUCGACGUAUGUAGUUCAGGAAACAAUCGACGAUAGCAUGGAAUACGAUCCGGAAUGUGUAGAAUGUAAGAUGCAUAGACAGGAAGCAUUAGUAGCGAAUUUGCCCGAGACUGUCCUGACGAUAUUCCAAGAUGCCAUAGACUCCGCCAAUAAGGGACUUGUUAAUUGGCUGUUUAAACACCGUAGUAUGAAACUUUUAUCGUUAUUGAGUUUGCCCUACACCCUACCGGCAGAUGUAAUGUACGCCACCAUUACAAAUCUCAUUGGUAACAAAGUAGAAACUCGCACUUUGGAAUACAAAAUAAUCGGAAAUGUACUUAUCCCUCAACGAGCCUUUACUCACCCUAAGCAUUUAACAUCCUGCCGAUUCCUUAUGAGUGUACCAAAGCUAAAACGUAACAUAGUGGAAUUAACUAAACUUUUCUUAGAACAAUUGAGUAUAAUGUUUCCAAAGAUCAACAUCUACAUUCAGCCGUUGCCUCAAACUAUCAAGUGUCAUUUCAACAUCGUGGAAUAUGAUUCGAGUGCAUAUAAUGUUCAGGUUAUAGAUGAAGUGGAUACACUGUACAAAAAACAAAAAAAUCUGAAUUUGACUGUUCAGUACAACGAGAGGCAACAACCAUGGAUAGAUCCGAGCAAAUCAAGUUGUGUAAUAAAUAUGGGUGACGUUAUGCAAAAAACAAUGGAUAAUACUUUCGACAAUAUUUUCCAAACAAGUUCAGAACAAGAUGCUGUAAUAGCGUAUUAUUAUAUGGAUGACAACAACAAAGUGCAAGUGACGGAGAUCUUCGAUGUAACUGAUUCAGAAUCGCAUGCUAUGCUUUCCAUAGACGAAGUCGAUACCAAUAAAAGACUCCAGUUUGACGACUGGGAUGAACCUGCAUGGUUGUCUCAACAUACGUUUAACGAUGCGAAUGCAGGAUCUCUUUAUACCGAAGGGGACCAACAAAAUAUGGAAAAUUUGUCAGAUCUAUCGUUGGAAGAUGAGAUAAUGGAUAACGCAAAUAUAUUUUCUGAUCCGGAAAGUGAAUGGGAAAUAGAGAAAGAGCAAGCGGAAAUGCCCAAGUCUCCAGACAGCCGUCCGGAAGUAGAUCAACCAUCCACAAAUUUGUUAUAAAAAUUCCUCUCUAGUAGCCUGUUAUUAUUAUCAUAUAUAUAGAAUAAUAAUAAUUGAAAGUGCAGGUUUUUUUAAGGCUCCUGAGUUCAACACAGGAGUCUUAAAAACAUUACUUUAUGGCAACUUAUAUUAUUCUUGCAAGAGGAAAGAAUUGCAAGAUAUAAUUGAGAUAAAGCUGUUGGAUGCGUAUAAACACAUAGUUGUAUAAUAUUAUAUACGUGUUAGUAAUGUCACCACUUUUAAGUGUAGUUAGAGUAUAAGAUACAACAGUAUUCUAUUGUAAUUCAAGUUUGUUAACUCGGAUUAAAAAAAUUUUUUUUUUUUAAAUAAACGGUUGCGUAAGUUUUAUAAAUCUUACAUAAAAAGACUGAUGUAUUGGUGAUUAAAGAUAGUAUACUAAAAUCGUCGAUAUAUUUUAACUACGAUUUUUUCGAAGAAAUUUCGCCCGGAAGCAAUUUUUCUUCGACAAAUAUCGAAGUAAUUGUAGAAUUUUUGACAAUCACGAUGAAAGAAAAUUGAUUUUUGUUAAAUUAAGACUAAAAUUAAGAGGAGAAAAGAGGUAGAAAAUUACAUUCCCUAGUGAACUUUAA